CCGUCGCUCGCCGAUCUCGGGGAUUACCUGUCGAAGGCUCUCGCGGGUGCUGGGCUCGCUGGGGACCCCGACGCGACGCGCCUGGCGACGGAUUUCAGCACCCUGGCGUCCCAGAAGCUGGUGGCGGCUCCCGCGACGCCCAAGCCCCCGCAUGCGCAGCUCAAGGAGGCUACGGCAGAUUGCUCGCGCAAGCAGGAGACACUGGAGAGGGCUGCCAAGUCGCUGGAGCAGGCUCGCCUCCAGCUCGAGAAGGUCCAGUCCAAGUUCGACGAGGCCGCCGACGCGGUCAUGGCAGCCGAGCUGCAUCGCCUGGAGUUGCAGGGGGCCGCGAACCCGACCGAGACGGCCGAGCAGUCCUUGCUCGGGGUGGACCCCGAGCUUUUCGAGAGCCUCGACGAGCUCGAGAACGACAAGCAGGCGCUUGAGCAGUUCCAGAAGCAGCUGCAGGACGUCACGCAUCAGGCGGAGGCCAAGCAGAAGGAGCUCCAGGCUCUGCUGGAGCGUGCGCGGUCGGCGCACCAGGCGGCGGCCAAGCGGCGCAAGCGCGGCCCCGAUGGCGAGGAGAGCGACCAGAAGGCCAUGCUCGGGCGCAUCAAGGCCAGCGCUCAGGCGCAGGCGCGCGAGGCCGCUGCUGGCAAGGCCGCUGGCUCUGGCAAAGGCGGCGCUGCGGGCUCUGGCAAGGGCCCUGACGCCUCGUCUUUCGACAUCUUCGGCAGCAUAACGGAGUGGGGCCCGCGGGCUGCGCGUUUCUUGGCCCAGGGGCAGGAGCGCGGCAUCGUGGCCCUUGUUGAGACACACAAAGGAGAGAAGGACAUGCCAGACACCUGUCAGUCGAUUGAUAAAGACGGCUGUCGUUUGGCCUACGCGGCCGCUCGCCCUUCGGACAAGUCUGAGCGUGGCUUGUCUGGCGGCGAGUGGAUCCUCGCGAAGAAACAUGUGGCGACGUCGAACUUUGAGAGUGCUCGGCAGUCGGCGCGUGUUGCUGGGCGUCUGGGCCCCUGCCGCGGGUUCGCGCCGACGGUGGCCCACGCCGAGAGCGGCAACUUGGUCCUGAUCGCCGCCUACCUUCAGCCAG